AUGGAGGUCGAGCCGGCUGCGCACGCUUCCCCAAACGUUAUGGAAGGUCUGGAGCCUUCAGUCGAAGACAGAGGGCAGGACACGGCCCCGGAAGCGGAAGCUCCUCGACCUCUUCCAGAUCAAGUUCCACAUGUUCUUUCCGGAUUGGACGAGCAAAGCACGGCAGCACCCUCUUCAGCAAAUGCCACUCCUCGUCCGUCGAGGAGACCAAGCACCAUGCAGGUUGAUGAGGCGUCUGGCGGUUCCUGGCCUUUUGGACCCUCGAGGCACGUCUCAGAAUCGUCGAGGCCUACUCCGUAUCCUUUUGUAGAAGCCCCACCUCCUUUACCAAGACCUCCGGCAUCCACUUACUUCAUGGAAGCCAUGGACGACGAGGAUCGAGUGAAGUGGUGGAGGAACAAGACCUACAACCGGUGGGAGCCUGUGGUUGCCUCAAAGGAGACUUUCACCUUGAAGGAGUCGAUUGCGGUCUUUUCAGGAGGAGAACGGCGGUUCUUCAUCACCAAGAAAAAGGUCAGCCCUGGUGAAGUGAUCUUCAGAGAUCUCCCCGAAAAGUUCAAGAAGGUUUUUCGAAAAAGCCGGAACAAGGAAAUCGCAAGCCUCCUCAACUCAGGUGCCAUCGCGAUCCUCAGCGUCAAGGAGUCUCGAGAGUUCCUGAAGAAGUUCCCUGAGUACGUCCUCACCAGCCGGUACGUGGACCGGUGGAAGCCGACUGGAGACCAGGCGGUUCUUCCUGAAUCAUGGAACCCUGAGGACUAUGUGAUGGAUGGCAACAACGCCGCGGAGCCCAAGUCACGUUGGUGCGUAGUUGGAUGGCGCGAUCCCCACAUCCACGAGAUCGAACGGGCGGCUCCUACUCCUUUGACGAGCAGUCUCUACCUGUUCUGCCAGCUGUCAGCGACCAGAAGGUGGAAAGGGUACGCCAAGGAUGCCAAGACGGCUUUCUUGCAGGCUGAACCGACAACCCACCGUCAACGUCUUGCUUGCCGGAUGCCUUCGGACGAGUCCUUCCCCGGCUACGAGUCAGAGCAACUGAUUCUUCUGCUGACAGAGGUCUAUGGCCUGGUGUCUGGACCUGCCUGGCGGCGGAGAAGUCUUUUGGAGCUACUUGUGAAGGAGCUAAAGUAUCGAGUCAACCCCUUCGAUCGAUGCGUGCUCACCUUGGACGCCGACGUCGACAACCCCGACGAGCAGGUCGACGACUUGCUGGAAGCAGGCUCAGCCGAACAUCGUGCUAAGAUGAAGUGGCUGGAAACAAAGCUUAAGUUCGGCAAGAUCGUCGAGCUGAUGAAUGCCAAGGAAGGCACUGGCUACGCCGGAGUCGUCCGAGACAAAGCUGUGACUCCAGACGAAGAACAGCAGCUUCGAGGAGCUCUGGCCUCCUUGAAUUGGGCAUCCAGGGAGGGCAGGCCUGAUGGAUCAGCUGCAGCCAGCAUAUAUGCCGGCUCGUUCCCUGGACCAACUGUCGCUGACGCCAUAGCUGUGAACAACGCCAUUGGCCAGCUGAAGGAAAGGAAUGUGAGUCUCCGCACACAUGCUAUCGAUGAGACCUCGAUACGACAUCUUCUCAUCGCCGACUCCUCCUUCGAUCCGACAGGUCGGGUCAAACCGCAGCACGGCUACAUCCAGGCGAUUACCACUCCGGACCUCAAUGCCGGGCGAUUUCCUGGAUUUCGUGGACUUCGCGGAAGCUGCGGCGCAAGGCUGGCAAUACUCUCCUGUGUAGCUCUUGGUCUUCGUGGCCCUGGGACUGUCAUUGCAAGUGAAGCUGAAGGCUACGCUGAUCCCCUGACCGUGGCGAUCACCGACGCCAAAUCUCUUUUCGAUGGGGCGAACACCGAGCAGGCGCAGGGCGAUGGCUCUCGAAGUGCUCUUGAGAUCGCAAUAAUUCAGCAGAGCCUGGCGCAGUGCCAAGGUAGGUUGAGAUGGGUUCCGCAUAAUCAUAACCUUGCGGACGCUUUAACCAAGACCGAGACUGCUCACAGGGAGCCGUUGCUAAACAUAAUGCAAAACAACUCCCUGCAGAUUGAACUUGAAGAGUCAAUCCUCACGAGGGAGAAGCAGUCUGAUCACCGCAGGAAGGUCAAAAACUGA